CAGGGACAAGGGCUACUUCAGCGUCCAGGCCCAGAUCAAGAACGCCUUGGAGAAGAAAGCCCGCCGCGGCAUGAUGAAGCUCGGUGGCAAGGACAAGAAGGAGAAAAAAGACAAAAAGGAAAAGAAGGAGGCGAAGCCCGAGCCGGCAGCCGCCUGAGCCCACGGGGGGCGGUUCCUCGCCGGGUGCGGCAAGAAGUUCGGCGGAGGGGGAGCCUUGGCAUCGCUCGGAGGCGUGCGUCUCUUCUCGGCCUGGGCCAUCGAGGAGAGCCCAAAAACCAAAACGGCACAGGCAUGAGCCUUUUCUGCUUUUGCAGUUCUCUUGUCCCUGCUAGGCUCGUGGCCUGCGUCGCCCUGCCUGCCCGGCGGCCUCUCCAGCAGCGGGGGCACGCGCUGGUAUUCCCAGGCUGACUGGCGGGCGGCGGCGACGGCGUUUCACCCUGGGGGGGAGGCAGGGACGUGCGGCGGGUAAAGUCACCUCCUGAAUGGAAUGUACUUGCUCCUGCUUGUGAAUCGCAUGUGUUUGGCAAUCCCGCUGGAGCGCUCUCGUCGCCCCAGCUCGUGCCCCCUCGAAAUCAUCUCCAGACAGCUGCUUCCUAACCCCUCUGACCUCUCCCCCCUCGCGCGCGCCUGCCUGCCUGGCAUCAGCCAUUGCCGCUCAACUCGUUUGUCUACACUCCCUCUUGGGGGCUCGCGGUCAGUGGAGGGCGGCGCCCUCUCGGAGGGCGCCGGCGCGCACGGCUCCUCUGCCGCUCUUGCUCCCCCGCUGAAUCUGGCUUGCAGCGCUCGCGUUUCCAGCGAGGCCGCCGUCUUUCCAGAGAUCGGGCGCUGAGUUUGCCGCCGAAUUCUCGCGGCGUUCAGGGGUGCUCAGCGCCGCGCCAAAAUGAAG